AUGACGAGCCUCGACGCGGGCAAGGGCGCUGCGCUCGCGCCGCUGCCGCCGCUUCGGCCGACGGGCCUGGGCCCCGUCCGCGCGCAGAGCAGCGAGGACUUAGCAGCCUGGCUCCGCGAGGCGCUGGCGGCGGAGCGGAAGGUGCUGGCGGAUGUGCUGUGGGAGCGGCACUCCGCGAUGCAGGCGGAGCUGGAGUGCCGGCUCGGUGCCCGCGCUGGGCGCGCCCGCUCGCCCGCCGAGGCGGGCGGCCCGGGGGGCAGCGGGCCGCCGCUGCCGGCGGGGGAGGCGCGCGGCGGCUCCGAGGGCUUGCUGCUGGUCCCGCCCGCGGGCCUCGACACCGACGCGCCGCCGUCCGAUCCGGCGCCCGCCGGGCCCGCGAGGAGGAAGACCCGGCACAGGUCCAGGAUUCUGUCGGUGGCACUGGGUGACGAGGAGCUGCUUCCUGGGAUGGCGAGCCCCUCGAGCUCUAACUUGCUGUGCCCUCCGGAGGAGGUCUUAAAGGGCCGCCAGGCGGGCACGCAGUCGACCAUGGUGGGUCCCGUGCGGCUCGAGGACUGCGACGAGGGCGGCCAGUGCGAGGAAGAUUUGCGGUGGCCGCCUUCGAGCAAUCCGAGCGGCGCCGUCGAGAACGCGGCGGUUUGCCCGCGCGUGCCGCCGCCGCUGCAGGAACGUGGCCGCAGCAAGGACGUCGCGGGCGAGCUGGCUGGAGUGACCACGUCUGGGUUCUUCGGAGGAGUUUCGACCAGCAGCAUCGAGUCCCUCAUGGAGGGCAGCUCUGAGUUUCUGUACCAGCUCGUGACGAACUCAAAGUUCGAGCUCUUCUUCUCCACGAUGAUCCUGCUGAACGCCGUGGUGGUGGCUUUUGCCGUGCAGUUUCGGGGCUUCGACGUCGGCUUCGAGCUGGGCUAUCGCUGGUACGAGAGGCCCGCCGUGGAGACUUGGCCCAUGGCGGAGUCGUUCUUCGAGGUCUGCGACUGGGUCUUCGGCAUUGCCUUCACAGUCGAGCUCGUUCUGAAGGCCCUCGGCAUGCGCCAGUACCCCCACGCGUAUCUGGCUGACGUGUGGAACUAUUUCGACUUUGCCAUGGUCGUCCUCUUCUACAUCGACGCUCUCGGCGUGACGCCCGUGAAGGCAGGGGUCCUUCGCGUGACCCGCAUGGUCCGCUUCGCGCGGCUAGUGAAGCUCCUCAGGGCGACCAACGGUUUUGAGGCUCUCUACCUCAUGGUCACUGCGAUGAAGGGAAGCCUGGGAGCAUUGGCGUCGUCGUGCGUGAUCCUGGUCCUCCUCCAGAUGUUGGUCGCCUUCUCAAUCAAUCAG